AUGCAGUAUCAUGGGCAUUGCCUCGUUGAUUCGGCGGCCACCGGAAAACUCCUCUACGCCAACGUUGGCCUGAGUUUCUGGGCCGGAGUCGACUCCCAGACUGGGGAGAUCAUUGACCGCCAUCAUCCUCUCCACGGACAAUCGGUCAACGGUCGCAUAUUGGCCAUUCCGUGCAGCAGAGGAUCAUGUACCGGCAGCAUUGUGCUGAUCGAGCUGCUGUUGAAUCAAUGUGCCCCGGCGGGGCUCAUCUUCCAACAGCCGGAGCAGAUCAUCACCCUAGGGGUCGUCGUGGCCAAGACACUGCUCGGCCUCUCGAUUCCAGUACUGGUCCUAAAACCAGCAGAAUUCCACUCGCUAAAAGACUACCGAUACGCGGCAAUUACAGGACCAACCCUCCAAACCGGAGAGGACCCCCUCCCACCACCCACCUACGAAGCACCUUCGUGCGCCCCCUCAGGGACCAUAGACCUGUCAGAAACCGACGAGGCAAUCCUCCAUGGCGCCCGUGGAGCAGCCGCCCAAAAAGCCAUGGAGAUCCUCCUGAGCUUCGCCCAGAUCCAAGGAGCAACAAGACUCAUCGACAUCUCCCGCGCCCACAUCGACGCCUGCAUCUACACGGGGCCCGCCAGUCUACGGAUCCCGCAGACCUUUCUGUCUCUCGGCGCCCGCGUCGCCAUCCCAACCACGUUGAAUUCCAUUUCCAUUGACCGGCGCCGCUGGCGGGAACUCGGCGUCAAAGAAGAACUGGCUGUCCCUGCCGACCAGCUGGUGGAGACCUACCUGGCCAUGGGCGCGCGGCCCGUCUUUACUUGUGCUCCGUACCUGCUUGAGUCUGCCCCCGCGGCCGGGCAGGAUAUCGGCUGGUCCGAGUCCAACGCAGUGGUGUUUGCGAACAGUGUGCUUGGCGCGCGGACGCAAAAGUAUCCCGAUCUGAUCGACGUGUGUAUUGCGCUGACGGGGCGGGCUCCCCUGGCGGGUGGGCAUGCGGAUGAAGGACGGACGCCAUCGGUGGUGGUCGAAGUCGCGGAUUUCCCGAAGAUGGACGACGCAGUGUGGCCGCUGUUGGGAUACCACAUUGGUCAGCUGGCGGGGGGGGAUAUACCGUUGGUGGUUGGGCUGGAGCAGACGAAGCCUCGUAUGGCUGACCUCAAAGCGUUCGGGGCGGCUUUUGCGACAACGGCGUCCGCGUCGAUGUUCCAUGUGCGAGGGGUGACUCCGGAAGCGACCAAGUUCGAGGGAGUCCGGCACACAGCGAAGCGGAUGGCCGUGCACGAAUCCGACCUUGUGCGGACGUGGGAAGACUUGAACACGGCUCAAGACUCGUCAGUUGGGUUGGUGUCGUUGGGGAAUCCGCACUUCUCGCUGGAAGAAUUCGAAUCGUUCUCUCGUUUGUGCGCCGAUCGCAAAAAAGAUCCCUCGGUGCAGAUGAUGAUAACAACGGGGCGGGAGACGUACGAGCUGGCGGCUAGCAAGGGCUAUAUUCAAACUCUAGAAGCCUUUGGCGCAACCAUCAUCACUGAUACCUGCUGGUGCAUGAUCCGCGAGCCGGUAAUACCUCCGCAGACGAUCAAUCUUAUGACCAAUUCCGCCAAGUAUGCUCACUAUGCGCCCGGAAUGGUGCAGCGAGGAGUGCAUUUUGGCAGCCUGGCACAGUGUGUGGUGGCCAGCUGCACGGGCUAUUUUGAUGGAGAGCCAUCAUGGAAGCAAGAUUGUACAUUACCAUGCGAGGCUGAGGUGUAUACCUUGAUGACGGAAGGAUUACCACCACACCCUAACAGCCACCGCUUUGCUACCAAUCUUGGAGAUGAGAAUCGAUGUAUUGCAUAG